AUGCCCGGCUUUGCCAAACUCGUCCUCUCCGUUCAGAAAGUCCGGGCUGCGAUCCACAACAGAAGGAAGGCGGGUGCCAAGGAGGAGCGCGGAUCGUCUUCAAGAGUAGGCCAUGCAGACCUCCCAUCUUCCUGCCUGUGGGACCUCCCAGUCGAGAUUCAAAUCCGCAUAUUCGCAUAUUCCGGCAUCACCGACUUCUAUCCCCUGAGACUCGUGUGCAAGGCGUUCUACCAACUUCUCACCUCGAAUGAGCAUGACAUUGUCCGGCAGUAUCUCCGCUUGCGCCGACAUGGUACCCUCCCAUCUCCGAUCGACAAUGACCGCACCUAUACUCGAGACCCAGGCGACGAUGUAGUCUUACUGUCGGACUUGUUCCCACCCUCCAAAAGCGCCAGAGGUGGCCACCUGUACACAUUCAAAUACUUGCAUGGACUGCGACGGAGGCAGGUGCUAUGCUCGAGGCUCUGCUACUACCUGGCAGAUCGAAUCGUCGAUCGGUUCGUCCAAAUCGGACCCGCAGCCGUGAGGGCUUCGUUUCCCACAAAGCGAAACGAGCGAAACGCCCUGGUGAAACGUGGCAUAGCUAGCAUAUGGUUUCACCUGGCACCACUAAUGUACUACAUACUCUACUUCCUCGAAUCGUACGCCUCCGCUCGGCGUGAGCACACGAACAUGCUGGUCCAAAAAUAUGAGGCAGGCCAGUUGCCGGUGCCUUUGCCACUCGAGAUACGCCAGAGGAUGUACCGCGAGCUACAGACCCGCAUCCUCCAAAGCCCCCCUUUUACCAACACCGCGGCAUUAGUCGCGACACAUCAUUGCAUGCACUUGCUGGUUUCAUAUAUUCGCUAUUCAAUGUCCCCGGAACAAGGCGAGAUAGAUGACUCGUGGAUCAGCUCGCUGCUUACAUUAGCCCCCUUCGUGCGCAUCGUCGAAUUCUUCUCUGCUGAGAUUGGAGACGGGGGAAGCCAACGAACACAGCGCAAAGACUUUAUGUAUAAUUUCUAUAACGACAUGACGAUGUAUCAAAAGGACCAUAUGAACUCGGUUGUCUUUGCGCGCGCGCCUGCGCAAAAUCUGCACAGUUCUGUACAAGAUAUUUGGUUUGCUGCUGCUGAGGCCGAGCUGAGAGCCCGGCAGGCUAUUCCUCAUGAUGUAGAGCACGUCUGGCUUUGGAAUGGAGUUCCAAUUGUUUUUGGGUGUCCGGAUUGCCAUCACACGCGAGGAUGGCAAGCAUGA